AUGCUUAGAGGCCUGGACCCCAAUAAGUAUUUGGGAAAGCUGAUUUCGUUUUUAGACCCAGUUCUUCCCACUGCAUCCCGUACUGACUUUGUUAGGUGUUGGCAUGCGAAGACUGACGGCUGGGCGGCAUCGACAUUCCACAGCAACUGCGAUGGGAGAGGACCUACAGUGACAAUCAUCAAAGUGAACGAUUACAUAUUUGGUGGAUAUACUGAUGUGUCCUGGAGCGGAGCUGGUUCUUGCGCAGGUUAUUCCUACGCCAGAAAAGCUUUCAUUUUCUCUCUCUAUAACGUCAAUGGAUACCAUCCCGUAAAGUUGACACAAUACCGACAUCAGCAAUAUGCAAUGUACAGAUGUAAUACGUAUGGACCCACCUUUGGGGUUGGUCAUGAUAUCCACAUAUCCGACGGCUCUGGAUACAACCAAAACUCCUACACCAGAUGCGGUAACACGUACACGACACCCUCAGGAUACUCAACUGUUGGAAACCAUGGAUUUUUCGCAGGAAGUCGUUACUUUACUCCAUCUGACAUUGAAGUUUUCUUCGAAAUGGGUGGUCUUGGUGCAUCUAUUAUACUUAGAGGCCUGGACCCCAAUAAAUACUUGGGAAAGCUGAUUUCAUUUUUAGACCCAGUUCUUCCCACUGCAUCCCGUACUGACUUUGCUAGGUGUUGGCAUGCUAUGACUGACGGCUGGGCGGCAUCUACAUUCCACAGCAACUGCGAUGGGAGGGGACCUACAGUGACAAUCAUCAAAGUGAACGAGUACAUAUUUGGUGGAUAUACUGAUGUGUCCUGGAGCGGAGCCGGUUCUUGUGUAGGUUUUUCCUACGCCAGUAAAGCUUUCAUCUUCUCUCUCUAUAACGUCAAAGGAUAUAACCCCGUAAAGUUGACACAAUACCGAAAUCAGCAAAAUGCAAUGUACAGUUGUAAUACGCGUGGACCCACCUUUGGUGCUGGAUGUGGUCAUGAUAUCUACAUAUCCGACGACUCUGGAAACAACCCAACCUCUUACACCAGAUGUGGUUGCACGUACACGACACCCUCAGGAUACUCAAGUGGUAACUGUGGUUUUUUUACGGGGGGGUCUCAUUUCUCUCCAACGGACGUCGAAGUAUUCUAUGAAGCAGGUAAUUAA